UUUACAGUCUAAAAAAAAGGUAUACAGAGGCAUUGUACAGGAGUGUGCAUAGCCUAUUCCAGCAUUGUCAUAUGCUCCCUACAUCCGAGAGAUUUGGGUAUGCAUAGUACAAGUACAUGCUACAUACCACAAAACACAUCACCCACCAUGUCGCUCGCACGCCGUCUUUUGAUCUUCCAAGAAACACGUAACCCUCAGACGGCAGAAUUUGCCUACCUCCCCGUCAACCGGCUGGGUUUACCAAUCUGCGGGGACGGGCCAGAGCUGCCCUCCAUCCUCGAGCUACCGUUGCGCAUCCUGCGAGCGUUUACGGAUAUCUUCAACCAACCGAAAUACAAGGGGUGGGCCGUUGUAUCAGCAGGACCGUACCAUGACACCUCGGAAGAAGGCAAAUUCUACGCCGUGAUAUUGGAGCAAACAAAAGAGGCAGGGACUGACUUGGCGAGAAGUGUUUAGAUGGAUGUAUUUACUGACAUGAUACUGUAUAUUAAUGGUAAUCUAGAGGACAUGGCU